AAAAUUUCCACACAAUAUAUAUAUAAAGGCGAAAAAGUAAAAACCUCUUCUCUAACCACAUUCUUAUUUUCUCUUCCUUCAAAACUUUUCAUUUUUCUCCACCUUCCCUCUCGAACUCUACAAUGGCGGAUGCACAAACACAAAUCGAAUCUAUCAGGAAAUGGAUUGUUCAACACAAACUCCGUACUGUUGGUUGUUUGUGGCUUAGUGGUAUUACGGGUUCAAUUGCGUACAAUUGGUCUCGACCUAAUAUGAAAACCAGUGUUAAAAUCAUUCACGCCAGGUUGCAUGCUCAGGGUCUUACACUUGCAGCAUUAGCCGGAGCUGCAUUGGUAGAAUAUUAUGAUCACAAGUCUGAUGAAAGGGCUGCAAGGGAUUCUAGGCGUUGAACUGACCGGAUUCUAGGCGUUGAAUUGAACGCAGCCAGGGUUAUGGAAUUCUUUAUACUAGCGGUUCUUUGUAUCUGAGAUGUCUCUAGUAGAAUCACAUGGAUUGCAAAUUAGGGUAGAAAUAAAAUACUAUGAUGAAAUUUUUACUUGCUGGGGAAUAUUUCUUGUUGCAAAUCCGAUUGGAUUAGUUUUAGUAUAAUAUCAUUUUUGUUCAUUUUAAAGGGUGAAAUAAUGGCUAUCAACUAUUGAUGUGAAAGUUGGCUUUUGAGAAAUAUGUGAUUGUUAUGUA